CACGUGUAUACCACAGGCGGCAGUCAAGGUCUUGCACUCGCGAAACUCGUCGCGCGGAAAGGUGCCCACAUUUCUAUAGUAGCAAGAAACAAAAGCAAACUCAAUGAUGCUUUGAAAGAACUCGAGGCCAAUCGCCAAAGCCCAGACCAAGUAUUCAAAGCCUUUUCCUUCUCCCUCAACACCGCAGAAGAAUCUUCAGCUGCUCUUCAAGCUGCUAGCGAUGCACACGACGGUCAAGUCCCAGAUGCCGUUUUCGCAUGCGCAGGUGCUGCAAAACCGAUGUACCUUCUUGAAAUGCAGCCAGAGGACCUCUCGCGCGAAAUGGAGAAUGUGUACUGGAUACAGGCAUGGACUGCAUUCGCUGCUACUAAACGAAUGGUACGCGAGAAUAAGAAGGGGAAAAUUGUACUGGUGUCUUCGACACUUGGAUAUAUGUCUCUGAUUGGAUAUUCUUCGUAUUCGCCAGCAAAGCAUGCCCUGCGUGGACUGGCUGAUUCGUUGCAUUCAGAAUCGAAGCUCUAUGGAAUCAAUACUCACAUCUUCCUUCCGACAAUGUAUACACCUGGUUUUGAAGAAGAAAACAAGACGAAGCCGGCUAUUACUAGAGCGAUUGAGUCGGCGGAUGAAGGUCUGACAGCGGACCAGGCUGCUGCUGGAUUAACGCCCUCCAAAAACUGCGUGAGUCAGUCUGUUUCCCCUAGUCUCAUAUACGAAGAUUCACAUUGA